GAGGGCGGGGAGGGGGAGGGGACUGGGGCUCGGGAGACGGCGGCUCCUCGGCCUCUCUUAUUGCCGCUGAGUUGCGCUCCUCUUCCUCAGGCUGCGAGCAGGAGCCGCCCGGGCGCUUCCCAGUUCCCCGGCCGGCCGGAGUCCCUGCGGCGGCAGCGCUCGCCCGCCCGCCUCCCGCCGGGGCAGAGCACCCUCGCCCGGCAGAGCGCUCCCGAGGUGCCGACAGCCGCCAGUAUUUUUUGUCUGUCUUGUUUGUGUGUUUGUUGGGUUUUGUUUUUUGUUAUUUUUUCCCCUCGUUUUCAUUUGGCUUUCUAGUCUCACUGGGAAUGGCAGGGGCAGCGGCGCCUGGAGAAGGAACAAGUGUGGGGAAAGCGAGAGGGAGUCGGAGCUAAAUGACAGGAUGCGGGCGGCUUGAGGCACAGAGAGAAGCCAGCCUCCUCCUGUCCCCGAGACUGCCCCUGCGGACCGUGCUUUCUACUCCUCAUUCCGGCUGGAGAAUUUAAGGAAGAGUUGGGCAUUUUUAUUUUUUUCCUCCUUUCCCUGCUGUCGGAAGGGAAAAUGGAUUGGGGACUUCUCCUGCAGUGUGCAGCCCUCACCUUCACCCUCGCCCGGGCUCUGCGGAGCGACAAGUGUGGCGACACGAUCAAAAUUUUAAGCCCGGGGUACCUGACGUCUCCCGGGUACCCGCAGUCCUACCACCCCAGCCAGAAGUGCGAGUGGCUGAUCCAGGCGCCCGAGCCCUACCAGCGCAUCAUGAUCAACUUCAAUCCGCACUUCGACCUGGAGGACCGCGACUGCAAGUAUGAUUAUGUUGAAGUGAUUGAUGGAGAUAAUGCUGAAGGACGCUUAUGGGGAAAGUACUGUGGAAAAAUUGCUCCCCCUCCUUUAGUGUCUUCAGGACCAUAUCUUUUUAUCAAAUUUGUUUCCGACUAUGAGACACAUGGAGCAGGAUUUUCUAUCCGUUAUGAAGUUUUCAAAAGAGGACCUGAGUGUUCCAGAAACUUUACUUCAUCAAGUGGAGUGAUAAAGUCCCCUGGAUUCCCUGAAAAGUAUCCCAAUAGCCUUGAAUGCACUUAUAUUAUCUUUGCACCAAAGAUGUCAGAGAUUAUACUGGAAUUUGAAAGCUUUGAGUUAGAACCUGAUUCAAAUACUCCAGGGGGAGCAUUCUGUCGCUAUGACCGAUUGGAAAUCUGGGAUGGAUUCCCCGAUGUUGGCCCACACAUCGGGCGUUAUUGUGGGCAGAACAACCCAGGACGUGUCCGCUCCUCAACAGGGAUCCUUUCAAUGGUAUUUUACACUGACAGUGCAAUAGCAAAGGAGGGCUUCUCAGCAAACUACAGUGUGUCACAGAGCAGUGUCUCAGAAGAUUUCCAGUGCAUGGAACCACUAGGUAUGGAGUCAGGAGAAAUUCACUCUGAUCAAAUCACUGUCUCCUCCCAGUACAGUGCUAUCUGGUCUGCAGAAAGGUCCCGACUAAAUUACCCUGAGAAUGGAUGGACCCCAGGGGAAGAUUCUAUCAGAGAAUGGAUACAGGUAGACCUGGGCCUUCUUCGCUUUGUUUCUGGAAUUGGGACCCAAGGAGCCAUCUCAAAAGAAACAAAGAAAGAAUAUUAUCUGAAAACAUACCGUGUAGAUGUCAGCUCCAAUGGAGAGGACUGGAUUACACUGAAGGAGGGAAACAAGCCUGUUGUGUUCCAAGGGAAUAGCAAUCCCACUGAUGUUGUUUACAGAGCCUUUGCCAAACCAGUUCUGACACGGUUUGUGCGAAUCCGACCUGUGUCUUGGGAAAAUGGAGUUUCACUGAGGUUUGAAGUGUAUGGCUGCAAGAUAACAGAUUAUCCUUGUUCUGGGAUGCUGGGUAUGGUGUCUGGCCUUAUUCCUGACUCCCAGAUUACUGCAUCUACUCAAGUGGAUCGAAACUGGAUUCCAGAAAAUGCUCGUCUUAUAACGAGCCGUUCAGGUUGGGCUCUGCCACCAACAACUCAUCCAUACACAAAUGAAUGGCUUCAAAUAGACCUUGGUGAGGAAAAAAUAGUGAGGGGCAUAAUUGUCCAAGGAGGCAAGCACCGAGAAAACAAAGUGUUCAUGAAAAAAUUCAAAAUUGGCUACAGCAACAAUGGAUCAGAUUGGAAAAUGAUCAUGGAUUCCAGCAAGAAAAAGAUAAAGACUUUUGAAGGCAACACCAACUACGACACUCCCGAACUGCGGACUUUUGAACCCGUAUCGACACGAUUCGUGCGCGUCUACCCCGAGAGAGCCACGCACGGGGGGCUGGGGCUGCGCAUGGAGCUGCUGGGCUGUGAGCUCGAAGCUCCGACCGCUGUCCCCACCGUUUCCGAAGGCAAGCCCGUGGAUGAGUGUGAUGACGACCAGGCAAACUGUCACAGUGGCACAGGUGGGACUACAGUGCUGAAUACAGAAAAGCCAACAGUAAUCGACAAUACAUUACAACCAGAGCUGCUACUAUACAACUGUGCCUUUGGCUGGGGAUCCCAAAAGACUUUGUGCCACUGGGAGCAUGACAACCAGGUGGAUUUAAGGUGGGCAAUCCUGACGAGCAAAACUGGGCCCAUUCAAGACCACACAGGAGAUGGCAAUUUCAUUUACUCACAAGCUGAUGAAAGCCAGAAGGGGAAGGUGGCGCGGCUGCUGAGCCCGGUGAUCUACUCGCAGAGCUCUGCGCACUGCAUGACCUUCUGGUACCACAUGGCCGGCGCCCACGUCGGCACCCUCAAGAUCAAACUGCGCUACCAGAAGCCCGAUGAGUACGACCAGGUGCUCUGGACCCUGAGCGGGCACCAGGCCAACCACUGGAAGGAAGGACGUGUUCUUCUGCACAAGUCUGUGAAACACUACCAGGUGGUUAUUGAGGGAGAAAUUGGAAAAGGAACUGGAGGAAUUGCUGUGGAUGAUAUUAAAAUUGACAAUCAUAUAGCACAAGAGGAUUGCCGAAAAUCAACUGAUGUCGAAAAUGAGAUAGAUGAAGAGGAAGACCCAGAAAGUAAUCAAACAGGGUUUACACCUCCAUACCGUAGAGGUGACGACUAUGAUGACAACAUCUCCAGGAAGCCAGGCAAUGUCCUGAAGACCCUAGAUCCAAUCCUCAUUACCAUCAUAGCCAUGAGUGCACUCGGAGUGCUUUUAGGAGCCAUCUGUGGAGUUGUUCUCUACUGUGCCUGUUGGCACAAUGGGAUGUCAGAGAGGAACUUGUCCGCACUGGAGAAUUAUAACUUUGAACUGGUCGAUGGUGUAAAACUGAAAAAAGACAAACUAAACACACAGAACUCAUACUCGGAAGCAUGAAGGCGUAAAGCAGCUGGAGGAGUCAGAGUCGGGGUGGAAGGACAUAGCUCGGUCGUGCUGGGGAACUGUUGAUCUUUUACUGUACAGGCUGAAAAGUGCAUUGAUGACACUGAGCCAAGCUUUUCUCAGGAGCUUCAAUGAGUGUGUAACCGAUGAACAUGGACAACAAUCUGUGUUAACAACCUGAAUCAUGUACAGUCUGCUUUUUCUGUUGGUUUUAUUUGAAAUAAUCGAAUGCUGGUGUUGAGACCAAGUAUGAUUGACUUAUAGUUCAUUUUGUCUUUCUUUCUCUCCCUCUCUUUUGUUUUCUGUUAAUGGAUAAUUUUGUUUUUACCGUGCAAAAUCCAAGAUGCUGUCACAAAAUGUAUUCAGUGGGGUCCUUUGGAUGGACAUGCUGUCUGUAGCUCAGUGCCCAGAAAAUAUUGGAGUAACAGCAAUUUAGUGGACUUCUGCACCUGUAUUUGUGUAUAAUUGCUCGUGUUGUGCAUAGGCAAAGAAGGGUUAGGAUGUUUUUGAAAGUACUGCUGCAUCAGUACCGAUAUAGCGUGUCAGCUCUGUUUACGAAGCAAUACAGUCAAAUUUUAUUGAUGUUUUUCAGUGUUGUACUAAAUUUUGUGCUUGUGAACUCCAUAAAAGAGUAUGUGCCAUCAUCAGACACAACUGGUAACCAAGUGUACUGCCUAAAAACGAAACAAAAAAAGUCCUUGGCACUGGCUAGUGUAUGUCCUCUCAAGUGCCUUUUUGUUUGUACUGCUUCUCAUUGUGUUAACAUUAACUACAGCUUCUCUGCAGUUACGCCCUUGUCUUUAAUCAUAUUCUGAUGGCUCACUGACUAAAACAAAAGUAUAUUUUAGUGUAAGAAAACAGCCUCAGCCAAGGCAAGGGCUAAUCAGAUUUGACAACCUGGCUUGAUUGUUCUGCUUUCUGUAUUUCAACUUCAUGUCUCUUGACCCUUUUGUAUAAAGCUGCAAUAUCCCCUUUUAUUGUUCUUUCAUAUAGAAUGUAUUUUCAAAUGUAAAAUCUCUCUCCCUUUCUCUUCUCUUUCUCUCUCUCUUUGUCUCUCUGAGUAGGUUGCAUAAGCAUUUGCCAUUGCCAAGGGAAGAAAACUUCAGCUUUAACGUGCUGGUAAUGGCAAAGGAUUUUAUUAGAGUUUGUGUUAAAAAAUAAGGGAAAAUUCUUAACUUUAUCCUCCAAAGUCGAACUUUGGGUUUCUUCUUAACAGCAUAAAGUGACAUGUCUUUUAUCCUGAACAGCUUGCCUGUUAAUUACACUGGGGAAAAUGCUUCCCUUACAGAAAAGAUUGCCUUUAAAAUGAGAAACUUUCCUCCUCUUGCCCCUACCUGAACUCGAGUUCUGUUCUCUCAGUAACCAUGUAUUUUCAUGCUAAUCAAUGCUAAUUGGGCUUACCAGUGGGUACUAAGGACAGAAUGAAAUCCCACAAUGUAUGUAGGGUAUGUUCUUACCAUCAUGUUGUAUCCAAUUGGCAUUUCAUACCAGGAGGUUUCUGUUUGACCACAAGUGCAGGCAGUGACCAGUGCAGUGAACCAAGUGCUCUAAGCUGUCAGAAAAAUGUGAUUGACAAUGAUGUGGCAAUUUUUUAGUAUUUUAUUGGUCAAAUAAUAUUCAGCAGCCUAUGCAGCUGGUCCAACAGGGUGAAAGGAAACAAGAGCAUGUUUCCCCCAGGGGUCCAUGCAAGGCAGUGAGGCAGCAGAGGGGUCCCUCCCCUCCUGCAGGUGCCCCUGGGUUUCUGCAGUGACCUGCACACAGCACAGCCAUAACAGGGGGUCAGCUUCCACCUUCCCCAGGGUAUCCACCAACCAGCAGAGAAAAACAGUGCAAGCGUGGGGAAAGGAACUUCCUACCAAGUGCUUAACUCGUGUUUUUCCUCAUUGAAUAUCCUGAGUAGAGUCAGGGAAGUGAUUGGGACUUUCUGAGUUAGUCUUUUCCAAAAUUGCUUUUGUAGAAGAGCAAUGGAAUAUCCUGUCCAGGGUUAGGAUUAAAGGAGGUCUAAUUCAGCCUUGAAUUAGUUGGAGCAACAGAAUCCACCCCUAUUUAUACACCAAAUGUUUUGAAGUGUGUCAUUUCACCAGUAUGAACUAUAAAAUAGAAAAAUAUGUAGAAAAUCCACUAUUAACCCAGAAAUUGAAGAAAAGGGAGGGAGACAGUAGGUGAAAAUGAGGUUUGAAGUUGAAAAAAUUUUAAAGGAAGACCCAACAGAAAAAAAAUGGGCAGUUGCUACUUCAGAGGAGUCCUAAAGGCAAUGACUUUCAGGAAAACCCAACCACCCACUUCAGGUCAUCAAACCUGAGAUUAAUGGAAGAACUACCUCCCCAGCCUCUCAACCUUGGGUCCCCCAAAAGGUGAGACAGUGCACCUAAGUUUUGCCUGAAAGUUUUGCCUAAAAGUUAGUCCAUGAGAUGUCCCAAUCCACAGACUCACUUUUCAGAGGUAGAAUUUUCAUUGGUUUCUAACACUCUAAUUUGACCAUAAUGGCAUUGCAGCAGCUAGUUAAUUAACCCAAAGAAGAAAAGGAUUUUUCAAAACUAUUUUCAGCACACCACCACUGUGUGAGUCAGGAAUUAAGGGUCUCUUCUCCUUAGCUGAAAAAACUUUUAGUCCACUAACUUGACUAAGAGUGACAUGCUUAUAUUGCCUUGAAGAGAAAAUCCCAUUGGGGAGCCCAAGCCCAAAACCUUUUGAAAUAUUCCCACUGAUUUCAAUAGAUUCUGGACCAGCUCUGGGUCUUGAUCUAUUCAAACAGAAAAGCUGGUAGUUGGUGGGUUUUUCCUUCUUUCAACAUACUGAGAAUAGUGAACAUAAAAAAAAUUAUCUCCUUUGUGGUCUUCAGACAUUACUAUGAUAAUGAGGAUCUAGCACUGAAGAUUUGAUUUCUCUGAAGGUGAUAGAAUUAAAGUUGCCCUUCAAUAAAGGAAAAAUGAUACUGCAACUUUACAUUGAAAAGUAUCUUGCACUGAUAAAUAUAUUUAAAAGAAUUAUAUGUUUAUAAAGUUAUUAAUUUGUAAAGGCAGUGUUACAAAAUGUUCAGUUUAUAUUGUUUUAGAUUGUUUCAUAAUUUUUAAAGUGUAAAAUAACAUAUUUUUUUCUUUAUUGAAAAACUAUAAAAAUCUUCUGUAGUAAAAUGAUUUCAUUUUACUGGUAUAUUAUUGCUUCAUGUUUUGUACCAUCAUAAAACUUUGUGCAAAUUUUUUUUACAGAAAUUUUUAUUUUCUAUGACAAUAUGACACUUGUAAAUUGUUGUUUCAAAAUGAACAGCGAAGCCUUAACUUUAAAUGACAUUUGUAUUCUCAGACACUGAGUAGCAUAAAAAAAAAACACAUAGAACUGAACUGUAACUUAAAUUUCCAAACUAUGACUACUACAUUCCAAAGAAACAGUUGAAUUAAACAUUUUCAUAAAAUA